UGCUCUGCUUUGGGGAAGAUGGAUAUCAGCAACCUUUUACUGAGUAACCUGGGAGAGACCUGGGAUAUACUUCAGGUGCUGAUGAAGGAAAUACAGACUGCCAGGGGUAUUGGCUCAAUGCUUUAUUUUUGCAGCUUCAUGUUCUUCCUUGUCUUCCUCCAUCACGUGUCAAAGUCUCCAUUUCUACCCCGUUUUAGGAGGAACCGCCAUCUCAGUGAGCGUUUUAGACCAGAGAGCAGGGAAUCUGCAGAGAGAGCUUGGAGGUCUUACCAGGAAGAAACUGAGAGCCAGCUGGAGCUGCCAUCUAUCCUGAAAGGCCACAAGGUCUCUAGGAAGGGCAGCGUCCGGCGGAUGCUAUGCACAGACUCCGGCUGUGAAGUGUGCAAUUCUGUGGCUUUGGAGGCUGAUCUGCUGUUCAAAUCCAUUCUGCCUGAACUGGCCUCCUGGGACCUGCCAUCAGAUCUGCCUCUAACUUUGCCUUCCAACCUUUCCCUGGUCCCCAGCUCCUCACAGAACAUAGUUCCAGCACACACCUCCCCAGUGAAUCCCUCUUCCUCGUUGGCUGUCAACAUCUUACCUGGUCAUACUCUUUCUCUUUCUCCUAUCACACCAAUGGACCUCAGUUUCUCCCUGCCCCAUUCCCCACCUUCAGCUACUAUCCCUUUUCAGGACAAAUCCCCCAUCGGGAUCCAGUCCAGUACCACUUCCAGGACCCAUAUAUCCGUACUAGCUCAUACCUCAACUGUUGUCCGCACUUCCUUGACGAUGGACACUUCCACAGAAAACACCCCUCCUGUGGUCUUGGCCCCUCCCUCAGCUACUGAGCUUUCAGGGGCCCUCACUUCCUCCCUGCAGCCAAAAAUCCCUCUGGCCUCAUCCGUGAUCCAAACUCCCUCAGUGGCCCAAAUUGCCUCAGUGAAACCCAAUAUCCCAAAGGCCUCUAGUCCUUCACCCAACUCAGCUAUUCUCCAGGAAUCAGCAAGCCAGUGUAUUACCCAUACCUCCCUACUGGAUCUCCAAUCAGAAACCAUCAGCUCAUCUUUAGCUUCCACCCCUUUUGGUUCUCCCACUGUAUCUUUUAAUCCCCCCCCUCCUGUGGCUCCUACCCUUUCUCUUGCACCGUCCCCUCCCGUGGCUCGCCCCCUUCCAGCGGUGGCUCGCUCCCCUCCAGCGGUGGCUCGCUCCCCUCCAGUGGUGGCUCGCUCCCCUCCCGCGGUGGCUCACCCGGUUCCCGUGGCUGCUGCUCCUCCUCCCCUGGCUCCCGCCGCUCCUGUGGCUCCUGCCCCUUCUAUUAUUCCCACCCCUCCUCUUAAUCCCACCCUAUCUUUUGCUCCCACCCUUCCUGUGGCUCCUGUCCCUCCAGUGGCUCCCGGCCCUUUCGUAACCCCCGCCCCUUAUUUUGCUCCCAUGCCUUCCGUGGCCCCCGCGCCUUCUUUUGCUCCCGCCCCCUUUUUUGCCCCCGCCUCCUUUUUUGCUCCCAGGCCUACUUUUGCUCCCUCCGCUUUUGAUUCUGCCCCUUCUGUUGCUCCCACUCUUUCUGUUGCUUCCAUCCCCCCAGUGGCCCAAAUUUCAUCCUUAGACCAAUCAUUUUUAAUAGACCCUGCUUACCUACGGGCACAUUCCCAGCUCUGCCAUUCUCCUUAUGUGGCCCAUACCACCUCACUGGACCCCAACAACUCAAGAAAUUACACCACUUCUGUGCCUUCGAAUCCUGCCUUAGCCCCUACCCAUUCAUCAGACUUUACCUCCUCAAAAGUCCCCAUUUUCUCAAGGGGCCCUGAUUCCUCCUUAUCUCUUUCCUCUUCAAGAUCCUGCUUAAAAGUUCCCACCCCAUCAACAAAACCUACCAGGACCUCAAGAUUCUGUACCUCAUCACCAGCACCCAAGGCCUCUCUAGCCUGCACUUCCUCUAUGACCAGAACAUCUGGAGACACUUUAACCUCUUCUUCUGUCCAUCUCCCCUCCACCUACAGUGAAUCUAAUAGCCACACCCCUUCCCAGGCUUCUACCUUCUCCACAAUCUGUACUCCCUCUGUGGUUCAUACUUCUCCUAUAGUCUGCACCACCUCUACAACUCCCACCACUUCUGCGGCCCCCAUCUUGUCACAGGCUUCCCCCCCUUUAGAAGAUGAAACUUGCUCACAGGUUCUUCGAUCAUCAUUGUUCUUCGUUCCCUCUAGCGCCCAAACUCAUUCCACAGCUCAAACCACUUCAGUAGCCACUACCACCUUCCAUGAAACGAUUUGUUCACAGGUCCUUAGAUUUUCACUACCUGGUAUUACUCCUGUAGUCCACAAUCCUCCCAGGGCCGAUACCUGCUCUGUACCUCACACGCCACCACUGAACGUCACCUCCUCAUCAGCUCACACUGCCACACCAAGUAGAAAACCUUCGAUGGACCAUGUGCCCAUGAAGAAGCCUACGAUCUUUCUGAAUCCCACCCCUUUCGUAGACUUGCAGCCUCCUCAACAAUCUUCCCCGACUCCAAGGUGCCCAAAACUUCCUUUAGCACCAGCCACAAGUGAAGAGCCAGAUCUGCUGAGCACCCUUCCAAAAGUCUCAUCCAUAGAUGACACUCCUCUGAUGACUUCAGCCCCAUUGACCUCUGAUACUGAUGAAUCAUGUGCAACCUUUUCAGGCUCCCCUGAAGGGCAGAAUUCCCAAGAGUACUUAAUGCUCCCUAAUCUGUUCCCAAUUGGGGGUUCCCGAUUGGAGCCCCUUUCUCUUGGCCUACAAAAGGUAAAAAAGAAGGGGACUCUGCCCAUUCCUAUGCCAGAGGAAAAGCCAUGUGACAGUGAGACCUCAGAGUGGCAGGAGAAGAACUUGGUUCCUUUACGACUGCAACUUUCUGAGAAGGCUAUGAAUGCUGGAGCCCAGCAGCACCCAGAGGCUGAGGAAGUCUCACUCCUCAGCCCAGGUGCCCAGGAGUUCCUGGAGAUGCACCUCACAGAAAAGGUAGCACUCCAUAUUUGGAAGGAAAAGGAAUUACUGAGCCAGCGUAGGUCAGAUCUCCCACCAUGUUUUCGUCACAUAACUCCACCAGUGAAGAAAUUGUCUCUAGUUCUGAAAAACACAGAAUCAUCUGUUAAGUAUCUGUCAACCCCAGAUUCACAGUCUUGGAGCCGCCAUGGGGCAGACCAGCCCUUCUUGGAUUCUGAAGGGUCCUUUGUCAAUAAUAUGAAACCAGAGCAGAUGUCCAACUCUCGGCGGCUCCACAAACCUAUAUCCUUGAUCCUCACCCCCAACACCCUCCAUUUCCUGAACAAAGUCUGCUCCGGGCCUGGGUGGGGUCCUGAGAGCACAGUGAGCCGUAAUCGACAAUGCAUUCAGCUUUUCUGGGGUCUCCCCUCUCUACACAGUGAAUCUUUGGUGACAACCUACAUGGGGUCUAGCUCCCCAUCUUGGCUGGGAGCCACAAUCAAAUUGCCGCUAGGGGACAAUCCUUUAGUUUUCUUUAAUGACCUUUCCUACCUCCACCUGCCCAACUCAGCAAAUCAACCCUCUCUGCCUUCUCCAAUCCAGCACUUAAAACUACUUCCAACCUCAUCCCCAACCUCAUCCCACCCAUCUUCACCACCACCUCCACCUGUACCCUCACCCCUAACUCCACCAGUGACUUUACCCCCACCCCCACCCCCAUCCCCUUCUCCAUUCCUACCCCAGAUCAGGACCUUCACAACUGACCCUGAAGAGACCACAAUAAGGAUCCCAGCUAUCUACCUCCCCAAGUUCCAGGCCUUGGAAUGGCACCUGCUGCAGAAGCAGCUCCAGUCCUUAUGGGGGGUGCCCCAUAUUGUUCAGAGAUCUCAUGAAGCCUUCAAGCCUUUGCCUCUCCAGCUGCCCCAGGCCCAUAAGUCCCCUUGCCCCCAGGUGCAGAUUUCCAACUGGCCCCAGGAUUUGUCUUUCCUAACCGAAGAUGUCAAGAAACUAUUGGAGACCCAUCUCCGAAGAAGGCUCAUCCAACACCACUGGGGCCUGUCCCAGAGGGUCAAAGACUCCAUCAAACACCUUGUGCCUCAGACCAUACCUCAGCAAGACUCGGCAAGGCCCGGAAAGCCUAAGCUUUCUACAUUCCAGGACCUUAAGCACUUUGGCAAAAAGGAUACAGCAAGUGACUCAACAGCUGCUCUAGGUGUGGCAUCAGCAAUAAUUCCAAAGAGAGGUCCAGCUAGUCACACAGAUGAGAUAGAGAGUGACCUUGAGAAAAGCUCAUCCUCAAGUCAACAGGAGGCAUUGCAGAAACAUUUUCUUCAGAAGAGCGUAGCAAUACAGCGGAAAGUGGUUCCUGAGAUGGUGAGCCAUUCCUGGGCUGAUGCAAGGCUUAGAUCUGUAUCAUUACAGCCUACUCAGCCAUUACAGAAACAACCAAAAAGGAAAGAGAUUGCUCUUACCACUCCAUCUAUGGAAAACACAGCAACUCAAACCCCACCUCAGCCCCAGCCACAAUCCCAGCUCUGGGCUCCUUCACCCACUGAAGAAGUGAUUUACCAAGCUGAGCCGUGCAAGGACAUUCCAUUCCUUGAUCCAGAGACUAAGAAAAUCCUUGAAUCCCACAUUCGCCAUAUGCACAUUCGGCUGAGGUGGGGUCUGCCCAGAAAGGUCCUUGAAUCCAUCUACCUGUUUAAACUAAAAAAUCCCUUAAUUCAAAUUUCUUCCCCUAUUAUAGGUAAGGGCCGGGGGCCUGAUAUUAUGGUAGGAGAAAGAAACUUCCAGGAAAUCUGGGUAGGUGGUGUUGCCAGAGAGGCCUCAGCUGUUGUUUUAGAUAUCUUAGAGGCAGAGAAGGGUUCCUGGAAUAUUGGGAAGGAAUUGUGGGAAGCACCUCAGGCUGGGGGGGACUGGGAAGAGAAUGCAUUUUCCCCUAGACCUGGCUUGAUGGAUAGGGGACCCAGACAGCACAUAACUGAGACGGGAUCUAGGAAGGAAAUUUUAGAGCUGACUAUGAAGCAUCCAUCUUUACUUCCAAGACAGAGGGACCGAAACUCCAUUUUCAGGAAGCAAUUUCAAGGACAGGGAAUACAGGAGCAAAGAGUAUUUCCUCUCAUCAAGGACAGUGUAUUAAACAAGUCAAUUAGCUUCUCCAAGCUAAAUUUUCACCUGAAGAAAAGGAUGGUGGAGAAGGUUUUGGGAAUUCCCUUAAGGGUAAGGGAGUCUAGAGAAAUGGCCACAAGAUCAUCAUUCCUUUUCUACCCUCAACUGGAUGACUCUGUGGUAGCUGAAGAGACUGAAAGUUUUCAAGGGCUUUUACAUGAGAGAGAGAGUGAAGAAAAGGUCCAGAUGGCUGAGGGACAAACCCUCUCUCUAAGAACCCUGAAUACCCAGGAUUUAAGCCACCUUAUCUUUAAACAAUUUACUGAUGAGGAAGAGUUCAACCUGAGAGUACUAGAACAGAGCUACUCUGAGAGCCACACUCCACACACACUGGUCCAGCACCAUGCUCUUGGUUUUCAGACCACUGAGGUCUCCCAGUCAUACUCUCUGGAACAACUGAAUGAGGAUAUGACAGGUGCUCAGGGGCCUGGUACUCGUGUGAAGUUGGAAGGAAAAAGCCCCAGCUUGAGGGCAUACCAGAAACUUCCAUCUCAGGUCACAGACAAAAAACAGGCCAAAAAACGGAUACACUCUCAGAGAAAAGGGAGCCUCAGUAAGCCCCCAAUAGACCAAGGAAUGAGGGAUAAAAGACAGGAAAAGGAUCCCAAUUUAUUGAAGGGCCACACCUCUAAUAGUAGGUGGCCAUCUCAGGGUCCUAUGAACAGAGUUUUAGGGUUCUCAAAGCAGGAAGGAGUACUCCAGCGCAAAAUCCCUUUAGCAGAGAAGAUGAAGGGCUUCCUCAAGUGGCUUUGUCCUAAGAAGAAAAUCAGAGGGACAGAAAAGCCCCUCCCUAGGGCAGAGGUAGCCAUAGCUGGAGAGAUCACUGAGCAAAGUCCAUUUACAGUCAAACCUCCCUCCAAAGGGAGUAGGGUUCCUUUCAGCCACAGGGCUCCUUCAGCUCCAGAGGAUAUGACAGUAGUUGGCCUGAUCUUACAGAAGAAAAUGGGGAUGAUGGAUGAGCUCUAUGCUUGGGAAGAGAACCAGCAACAGGAGAAGAAGCUCCAAAUUGUGGAGACCCAGGCAGAGCCCACUGGUAGUAAAUUCCAGAAGCUCAGGGCUCUCUCCUCUUCUAGGGCUCAGGAGGGUAACAGCAAGUCAAGAGGCCACGGAAAAAGUUCGGAAGGCCAUUGGGAGAGGCAGGCCCAGGACAGGGAGAGAAGGGUUAAACAAGUUAAGAAAACUGUGAGAUUCGGGGAUCAGCAUCUGGCCCCAGAGAAGCUAACUUCCAUUGCUAGUGAGGUGUCCAUCUCUUCAGGUCAAUUCCAUUAUCGCCAUAGAGGAUCAAGUUUCUCCAGGACUCUAGGCCACUCUCAGCACUAUCCCAAGCCACCUCUUGGGGGGAUCCUACUCCUUUCACAGGGGAUCCCCAGACCCUUCUCCUCAGUAUGGAGCAUGUUGGCUCCCACCAAGAGAUUCCAGUCUCCCAGCCGAUAACUUGUUCUCAUGACACAUGACACUAUUAGACCUUCCAAAGAGAAUGGCUACCAUUUGUGUUAAGGGCAUCAUCCUUCCCAAAUACAUUCUAUUCUUUUAACAAGAGUAGUUGUUUUCUGUCCCCUACCAGUGUUUGCUGCAUUGCUUUGGGUGGUCAGGGUGAGGGGAGAAUUCGUUGAAUUGCCCAAGAUAUACAUGCUCAAAUUUGCCUUUUGGUCAGGAAGAAACCUUGAGGUCAGUUUCUGGGUCUUCAGGAUAAUAAUCUGGCCACUAGGGGGCAGCUCACACCCGAAGCUGGUGAUUAAGAGCUUCCUUGAUUAAGAACCUCCCGGCUAGUUUCUAAAAGCCUGGAGGAAAAGGGGAGUGGGGUGGUG